GGAAGGAGGGCGCGCUCUCGCCAUGGCCAGCUCCUCGGCCGAGCUCAUCGCCUUCCUGCUGACCAUCUCAGGCUGGGUGCUGGUCUCCUCCACGCUGCCCACCGACUACUGGAAGGUCUCCUCCAUCGACGGGACCGUCAUCACCACCGCCACUUUCUGGGCCAACCUCUGGAAGACCUGCGUGACCGACUCCACUGGCGUCUCCAACUGCAAGGACUUCCCUUCCAUGCUGGCGCUGGACGGUUAUAUUCAAGCCUGCAGAGGACUCAUGAUUGCUGCCGUUUGCCUUGGAUUUUUUGGCUCUGUGUUUGCACUGGUUGGGAUGAAGUGCACAAAAGUUGGAGGCUCAGACCAGACAAAAGCUAAAAUUGCUUGUUUAGCAGGGCUGGUUUUCAUACUUUGUGGUCUGAGCGCGUUGACCGGUUGCUCCCUGUAUGCAAAUCGAAUCACAUCUGAGUUCUUUGAUCCUACGUUUAUUGCACAAAAGUAUGAAUUAGGAGCAGCUUUGUUCAUUGGAUGGGCUGGAGCAUCACUUUGCAUAAUUGGUGGCAGUAUAUUCUGCUUCUCAAUUGCUGAAAACAAUAAAACUCCAAGGUUGGGCUAUGCAUAUAACAGAGCUGGUUCUGUGGUGUCUGCUCGAACAAAGGCCUGCAAUGGCUCAGAUUUCAAAACAUCCAAAGUCCCUCCAAAGCACUUUGACAAAAAUGCGUAUGUGUAGCCACAUGGUUCUAGUAGUCAAUGUUUAAAAAUCGUGUUUGUUCAUUCACAUAAUGAUUUUUGAAAGGUACUCAUGUCACCAGGAACCACUAAAAAGAAUAUUUUAUAAAUGAACAGUUGUCUACUUGAUGUAAAUUUUCCUCAUGCUUUGUUUGAAGAUUUAUACUGAUGUUUUACAUAAUAACUGUAAAUCAUUUACUUUUUGUGCCUGCUGUAAAAAAAGUAUUUACAAAUAAACACAUAGUAUUGGUUAUGA